UGGUUUAACUACAUGGAGUAGUUUACCUGUUGCUGAUACUCAAGGUGAUCGGAGAAGUAGUGAGCGCUUUCACAGUCAUGGGCAAACUGGAUGUUUUUUUGUUACAACUUUUUUUUUGCACCAUUGUCAACACAGGUUCUGGAUCACAUUCACUGUGGGCUUUUGCAACAUACAUCAUUGGAGAGACUUCAUUCCCUGAGUAUACGAUUGUAGAGAUGUUGGAUGACGUUCAAGUGAUUUACUAUGACUCCAAUGAUAAACACACUGUCUACAGGGGACAUAACACAACACACAAAAUAAAUAGCAAUGAAAUUCCGGACAGAACUUAUUUAUUUGAAGAUAUAUACCACAGAAUGAAAGAGAGAUCAUAUGACUAUAAGCGCCGCUUUAAUCACACCGAAGGUAUUCAAGUUCAACAAAGCAUGGGUGGCUGUGAGAUGUUGGACAAUGGUGACCCGGCCCUGAUCAUGAUGAAGGACAUUUUCAAUGCCAUUUCUGUAGACCAUGCGAUAUUUUACAACAUUACCCAUUAUACAUAUGAUCCUGGGAAACUACUUCUAGGAUGGGAUGGGAUAAGGCAAGCAGUGGAAAGAUCACUAGUUGAAAAUGUAUACCUUCCACUCUGCAUUAAAUCACUUAAGGCAUGGCUGAAGAGAGAGAAGAACGUUGUGAUGCGUAAAGUUGCUCCCAGACUCAGGUUGAUAAAGAAAGACGUUUCUGGAGGGCUCAGAGUGACAUGUCUGGCGUUUGGCUUCUACCCCCGCCACAUCAACCUGACCCUGCUGAGAGACGGUCAGCCAGUGGCAGAACAGGAGCUGACAGGGGGGGAGGUGCUGCCUAGUGGAGACGGGACCUACCAGAUGAGGAAGAGUCUGGAGGUCAGUACCAAGGAGUUAAUGGAGAGACACCAAUAUAGCUGUACAGCCUCCCACCUCAGUCUGGACAACAAGCUGGAUGUCAGUUGGAAGUCUGGGGCAGAGAGAGUACACCUAUCGAUCCUCUCAGCUUUACUGGUGAUAGUUCUGAUUGUUAUUCUGCUGGGCAUUUCCAUUUGCUUGGCAAGAAGGAGACACCGCCUCACAGACAAUUUCACAACUUGCAAACGUUGAUGCAAAAGUGCCAGAAGAAAUUAGCCUCUAUUCAGAUUCUGAGACCUUAAAAAUAUUUUGAGACUUCCAAGCAACUCUGUCAAUUCAACUUAAUUCACAAUGAAAAGAUGACUGCAGGCACUAUUCUUAUUGAAUUGUUAAUACAGACACAAAAGUUAAAAAAAUGAUGUUACUGUUGGUCAAUGUCUAUACAUCUCAACUAUGUAAAGAUAUUAUGAAAGAUGAAGUUGCAGAGACUGUUGACAAUUACACAUAUUUGCCCAGUUGGACAGAUUUGCAUUGACAUACAGUACAAUAAACCAAAAAAUAUACAUAAUAAUGCAACAAUUACAAAGAUUACAGUACAGUACAAAGUUACAGUACAUAUAUAUGAAAGCAUUAUGCCAUAAUCUAGGGUUUUCACUGGGAAAACAGAUAUAGUGUAUCCAUCAGUUGGCCAGAGAUACCUUGAAAAAUUUUUUGUAAAUCAGAUUAGAAAUCCAGUCAGCGUGUGGUGUGUCCAACAUUUGCCUCAAGCAGAGCCACUCAUCUCCUUUGCAUAGAGAUGAUCGAGCUGCUGAUUAACGUCUGUAGGAUGUUGUCUUACAAGCUCUCCUCUAAGUGGCUGUGCCAAGUUGGUCAAUAUUGUCAGAAAUAGAAACACGUUGUUGUACACGUCAAUCCUGAGCAUCCCAAACAUGCUCUUUGGUUUGUUGUUCCAACGUUAUGCCCAUUUAUACCAUAACCCCACCGUCACAGUGAAUCACCCUGAAUCAGCAAACCACUCAACCGUACAACACCAUAAAUGCUGUCUGCCAUCAGUCUGGAUGAAGGUAUAACCAGGAUUCAUCUGUAAAGAGCAGACCCCUUCAGCAGUCCUGUUGAGAGGGAGCAUUAGCCCACUGGAGUCGGUUUUCGCGCCAUGUGCAGUCAGGUCAAGACCUUAGGGAGCACGCAAUGAGCUUUCCUGAGACAGUUUCUGACCGUUUGUGCAGAAAUUAACUAAUCAGGCAGACGCUGUUUCUUAAAUGAUCCCACCGGUGAAAAAACUGGAGGUCUUCGGCUGACAGGGUUACACAUGUUUCAGUCUGCUGUUGUAAGUUUAGUUGGAAAUACUGCCAAGUUCUCAAAAUAACUGAAUAAAGAAGCACGGUAAGUGCAACACCCGUCAAAUUGUACGAAGAGUAAAAUAUUUUAGUCUCUUCAAAAAUUUAUUCUACCACCUUCAAGGCCAGUUCAAAGACCAGUUGUCUAGAAGAAAUAUCUGCUUAUAAAGGUAUAGAUUUUCCAUUGCAUAACGACUAAAAGCUUUUUAGAUUUUUUUGCUUUUGCAUGACCCUGACUUCCUUGGCAUUUACUGUAUUAGACCUUUCAUUACUUGGAACAUUAAAUGCUUUUCAGUCUGUCUUCAGCGAGUUUCACUAUUGGGAAAGUGAAAGCCAUCAAAAUAUCUGCUACUGCUACAGUGUUGUUGUGGAAACCUCUUAGAAAGCACUUUGAAGGUGUUAUGAUGGCCUAUCUUCAAGUCGGCCCUGGUGUGGUUUUGCCAUUAGGCUUUGCAAGCCCUGUCUGUGUUUAUGUUAAAUACUAUCUUGUUGUCUAAGCAUGUUUGUCCUUUAGGCAAUAUGAAUGAAGCCCAUUUGUAUUACGAUAACAUUGUCUGAUAACUCAGACUCCUUCAUCCUACCACGAGACAAUAAGAUGCUCAAAAACUGACAAGAAAAAUACCAGUCUUGUUCACAUUUGCCACAUUAGCUUGUUUUCAGAGUUUUCUGUCUUGUUAAAAGCCAAAUGUUCUCACCCCAUUGGUAGAUUUUUUGCCUUUGAAUGUGAGCACCCCAUGUCUGGGGUAUUUCUCUUACUAAAUAA